AUGAGACAUGCAUUUGAGGUUAAAAGAUUGGUUGGGCUGUUAGUUUGUGUGGGGUUUUUACUUGGCAUGGACACAUCUUCGUUAUCGUUAUUCCUUGGAACAGACUACUUUAAAGAAUACUUUAACAAUCCCAAUGAAAUGCAAACGGGUAUGAUGACAGGUGCUAAUCAAAUUGGUGGAUUUUUUGGAUGCUUACUCUCCGGAACUUUGUUAGAAAGUAUUGGAUGUCGUUGGUGUUUAAGUUUGUGCAGUGUUAUAUGGAUUAUCGGUUCUAUUGUAUCUCUAUUUGUUAAUGAAGUGUACACUAUGGCUUUAGGAAGGUUCAUAAAAGGAUUGGCUGUUGGAGUGCUCUCUGUCUUGGCAUCUUUUUACUUGAUGGAAGUUUUUUCAACUAAUAUAAGAGGACAAGCAACUGCAUUGUUACAAAUGGCGUUGACAGUGUCAAUUUUGAUUAUAUACUUCACUUCAAUGGCCCUUGACAAACUACAAAGCCCACUUGCUUUCAAGAUAACUUGGGGUUUAGAACUAAUACCUAGUAUUGUUCUCUUUGGCUUAUUUCAAGCCUUGCCGGAAUCACCAAAUUGGUUACACAAACAUGGCCAUUCAGAACAAUCAAUCGAUCGUUCUUUACAAAUAUUAAGAAUAAAGGACCUCAAGAAAUUCAAAGAAGAGUUUAUCAAUGUCAAUAGAAUUAGUUUGAAGAUCUCCCACAUUAUCAAAAAGGGAUAUUGGAAACAUAUGAGCUUAGGAAUUAUAAUUCAAAUUUUGAUUCAAAUGAGUGGUAUUAAUGUCAUAAUGUACUACAUGAUGUAUAUAUGUGAGAUGAUGGGAUUCGAUGAGGAAAUCAGUUCCAAAUUAACGGCAGGACCUUAUAUUGUCAAUGUCCUUUUCACCUUAAUUCCUGUAUUCUUGCUAGAUAAGUUUAACCGUAAGGUUUUUAUUGGCUGGGCAGGUUUGUUUUUAGGUGCUAUCAUGCUAGCCAUUGGAAUGUUAAUUGGCGAAAGAGAGAGACACGUUGGAGAUGUGGUUUUGAGAAACAUUGCUGUCGCAUUAUGUUUCUUAUUUGUUUCUGUAUUUUCGUCAUCCCUAUCAUGUGCUGGCUUUGUGUAUACAAAUGAGAUCUUACCUGAAUCAAUCAAGUCUGUUGCUCUUUCUGUAUGUAUAUCUACAAGUUGGAUAACGGGGUUUUUUUUGGCAUUAGUAACUCCAAAAUUAAUGCAGAUGGUUGAAUGGUGGAUUUUUAUUAUAUUAGGCACAUCAACAAUCGCCUUAUCUACAAUUGUAGUUCUUUGGUUCCCGGAAACUAAGGGUUUGUCUUCCAUAGAGGUAGAAAUGCUAUUUGACCGUAAAGAAAAAUACGUCGCUGAAGUUACCUCUGAGAAAUUCUCAGAAGAUACAACCACAGAUAAUAUCAGUAUACCUGAUAGGUCCGGUGCUCCUGAACCGGACUAUUUUGCUAGCAGCUCUACGCAUAUUGAAAUUUUAGGCUUGCCAAAUUAA